UCAGCUGACGAACAGGGAAAUAAACUGCAGUUUCCCCCUCUUCCACACCAAUAGAGAGCAGCAGAGUGUGUGACAGCGUGACUGAAGCCGCCGUUUAAAACAGUGAGCGCCUCCAUCAUCCUCAUUGACAAUACUGCUCAGGCAUGGCCACCUCCAGUCUCAAUUCAAUCAGGGUUAGAUUGUACUUUGAUUACCCUCCUCCUGCGACACCUGAGUGUCGGAUGUGUUGGUUGCUGGUGGACUUAAACAAAUGCCGAGUUGUCGCAGAUCUUUCCAGCAUCAUAAAGCAAAAGUUUGGCUACAGCCGUAAGACUAUUUUAGACUUGUUUAUUGAGGAUUGCUACCUGCCUUCCACAGAGAGUAUUUAUAUAGUACGCGAUAAUGACAGUAUAAGGGUGAAGGUGUCCAGUCCUGUUUAUAUCAAUGGGGCAGAAGCUCAACAGAACUCUGAAACAAACUCAAAGACCAAAAAAAGAGAAAGAGAGGAUGAGACGCAGAUCUGUGAAGGUGUAAGUAAAAAAAAUAAGCAUGAAGAUCAGAUCAAUGGCUCUGCACCUGCAGAAGAUGCCAAAAAGAAGAAGAAAAAGAAGAAGAAAGAGGUGAAAGAGUCAGCCGCCAAACCUGCCACUCCUCAAAAGAACACUGAAACCCCCUCUUCUACUAAAAACAACAGAAAAAGCGUUUCUGCUGUUUCUUCUAGUGAUAAAACGACUCGUGCAAAGACUCAGCAACCAGUGUCAAGUUCUUCAGACAGCAGUGAGGAUGAGUCUCACAAUAAGGCCCCUCUACCAAAACCCAAACCCAAGCAGAAUGGCACUGCCAAAAAGCCACGGAGAGAAAGCACAUCGUCAGAUUCAUCAUCUUCGGAUGACACCGAGAAACCUAAAAGGAACGUUCCUGUACAGCCACUUCCUGUUACACCUAAACUAUCUAGCAUAACCUCAAAACUACAGACACCGCAACGUAGAGACAGCUCCACGGAUUCCUCUUCCUCCUCAUCGUCGUCACCCAGCCAGGUCAAACCUACAGCUAAGAAAUCACAAGUAGCGACUCAGCCCUCCUCAAGCACUCAAAGUUCAAUUCAGUCUGUCUCAUCUUCUGUGUCUAAAAAGCCCCAGGAUAAGGAAGGGAGCUCAGACUCUGAUGCCAGUGAAAUUGAGCUUGUGAUUAAGAAACCAAACCUGCAAGGAAUGGGGUUGAAAAUUGCUGGUGUUAGUGAGGCGGCAGGCAGGGACAGAGGAAACACAAGAGGUCAGGAGAGAGGCAGAGGUCGAGGUGCAAACCGAGGCAGUGGGAGAGGAGGUUUUGGUAGGGCUAAAGGAACACCGUGGAAACAAGACUUUCAUUACAACUAUGAAAAUGGCGAAAGGCAGAAACAGAAUGAUUCCCUGACUAAUGAAAGUUUUAUUCUGCAGAAUCCACCUGAAAUUGCUCCCAAACGGGACUACACAGCUUUACCCUUGCUUGCAGCUCCCCCUGCAGUGGGCCAAAAAAUUGCAUUCAAGCUUUUGGAGCUGACUGAGAACUACACACCAGAGGUGUCUGAUUAUAAAGAAGGGAAGAUUAUUGCAUUCAAUCCUCAAACAAAAAUGAUGGAGCUUGAAAUGCUUUCUCGACCUCAAGCUCCAGCUGAACCUGGCAAGUUUGACCUGGUAUAUCAGAACCCUGAUGGAUCAGAGAGAGUGGAGUAUGCUGUCACACAUGGAUCACAGCUGACUGAGCGUUGGGAUUCUCUUUUGGAGCCCCGGCUCAUUGUGGAGAAUGUUGGAUGAUGGUCAUACAAAGCAUGUUACCUGAGCCAGACCUAUACGGACAAGCUUGUUAUUUUAAAAUGCUGUUUUGUUGAAACGGCUAAUUUCAGUGAAAUUGUUUUAAUUUUUAAUUUUAUUCUCAAUGUCAGUUAAAUAAAUAAUUUUUCUUUUUUA